GGGAAAGAAAAGUGUCAGCGAGACGGGGCGGGACGUCCUGGGUCCCAAAUGGCUCUCUUGGUUUUUGACAAUCGAGUGGCGUCAAAGAAGAAAGGACUGAGCGCAGAGGAGAAGAGAACCCGCAUGAUGGAGAUUUUUUUUGAGACGAAAGAUGUAUUUCAAUUAAAAGACAUGGAGAAGAUUGCUCCCAAAGAAAAAGGCAUUACUGCUAUGUCAGUGAAGGACGUUCUUCAAAGCUUAGUCGAUGACGGUAUGGUUGACUGUGAGCGCAUUGGAACGUCCAACUACUAUUGGGCCUUUCCAAGCAAAGCUCUUCACGCGAGGAAACGUAAGUUGGAGGUUCUGGAGUCUCAGUUAUCUGAGGGAAACCAAAAGCAUGCAAACCUACAGAAAAGCAUCGAGAAAGCUAAAGUUGGCCGCCAUGAAACGGAAGAGCGAAACAGGCUAGCAAAACAGCUUUCUUCACUUCGAGAGCAAAGGGACCAGCUCAAGGCAGAACUAGAGAAAUACAAGGAAUGUGACCCCCAAGUUGUGGAAGAAAUACGUCAAGCAAAUAAAGUAGCCAAAGAGGCUGCUAACAGAUGGACUGAUAACAUAUUUGCAAUAAAAUCUUGGGCCAAAAGAAAAUUUGGGUUUGAAGAAAAUAAAAUUGAUAAAAAUUUCGGAAUUCCAGAAGACUUUGACUACAUAGACUGAACUGUGUGGUGCUGGUAAAAGAUCUAUGUGCUUGUGAAUGUGUAAUUUUUUUAUAUUAUCCAACCAGAUGUACAGAAUUGUCAUUUACCUG